AUGGCUGAGUCAAAUACACUUCAAGCACUUGGAGAACUGUUCAAGGCAACCCAGCAACAAAUAGCCUUGCAGCAAAAGCAGAUCGAGCUUAUGAUGCAGAGAAAUGAGGGACAUGAAGGUCUUGUAGAUGCACUUGCCAAGACCUGCAGCGAUUUUUCAUUCGAUCCUGAGAAUGGAAUUACAUUUGAAGAUUGGUACAGGCGCCAUGAAGACAUCAUCAGAAUCGACGGCAAAUCUCUCAGUGACGAUGCCAAGGUACGUCUUCUUCUCAGAAAGCUAGAUGCAAUUUCCUUUUCUCGCUAUUCCAAAUAUAUUUUGCCCAAAAGUCCUCGUGAUAAUAAUUUUGAGACCACUGUCAAGAUUCUCAAAGAGAUUUUUGUUGCGCCAAUGUCCAUUUUCUCCAAACGUUGGAAAUGUCUGCAAGUGGACAUGAACGAGACAGAAGAUUUCAUUGCCUACAUGGGACGUGUAAAUCAACUUUGUGAGGAUUUUCAAUUCAAUACACUCACAUUGGACUCAUUCAAAGCACUUAUUUUUGUUUUGGGCUUGAAAAAUGCGCGUUUUGCUGAAAUUCGUACGCGUUUGCUGCACAAAUUAGAUUCGAAAACUGAGGGAGUCACUCUUUCAUAUCUCCUUGAAGAAGCUAAACGUCUUAGCAAUCUCAAGAAAGACUCUGCACUUGUGGGAUCUUCCGAGGGUACAAACACUCCACCAGCCUCAGUGAAAACAGUCAAGAAAUUCACCAAACCCAAGUUCAAUAACAAAAAGUCCUCAAAAACUUCCACUUCACACGAUCCACCCAAAGAUACGCCACGAACACCUUGCUGGUUUUGCGGAAAUAUGCACUUUUCUCGCGAUUGCACUUUCAAACAACAUAAGUGUAAGGCUUGCGGUACUUUCGGGCAUAAAGAUGGCUACUGCCAGAGCGCGAGUAGGGCGAAGAUGAAGCAUGUUUCGAGAUCAAAUGUCAUUCGCAUUGUCAAUUGUACGACACAUGAAACACGACGUUUCAUCGAUGUUUCAAUCAACUCGCAACCAGUUGCAUUGCAAUAUGAUUCUGCAAGCGAUCUCACAAUAGUUUCAAAACAAUUGUGGAGACAAAUAGGUUCACCUGCUCUUUUACCUUCAGAAAUCAAAGUAAAAGACGCGCAAUUCAACAGUAUGAAGAUUCUAGAAUGGAUUCAAUUGUUCGACUUAUGGUCGAAACCAGCCAAUUCUUUUUGCCGCAAUGUUGAAGCCAUUCAGUCAGGGACAUUCAACAAGGAAAAGAUUGUAAAGCAGCUCAAAGAUGAAUUUCAACCUGUGUUCGACAGCGGUUUAGGACUCUGUACCAAAGCAACAGCCUCAUUGAAGCUCAAGGAAGGUGCAAAACCCAUUUUCAGACCAAAAAGACCUGUGCCUUAUCCAGUCAUGGCUCAAGUUGAGGAUGAGUUACAGCGCUUAGAACAAAAGGGCAUCAUCAAACCAGUCACAUCUUCUGAGUGGGCAGCACCAAUUGUAGUGGCAAGAAAAGCAAAUGGUUCUGUAAGGAUCUGUGGUGACUAUUCAACAGGUCUCAAUCAGAUAUUCAGCAAUAUCGACCUGUCUGAUGCAUACUUACAGAUUCCUGUCGAUGAAGAUUCACAGAAGCUAUUGACCAUUCACACACACAGAGGCUUAUAUCAUUUCACAAGACUCGCACCUGGGGUUUCAGUCGCACCAGGCCAAUUUCAAUGCAUUGUCGAAGGUAUGCUCUCAGGGAUCGACAAUGUUGCAGUCUAUUUUGACGACAUUUGUGUCUCAGGACCAGACAUAAAUUCGCAUAUCAGUACAGUCAAACAGGUACUUCAGCGCCUCCAGGAUUAUGGUUUUCACAUCAAAUUGGAGAAGUGCAACUUUUUCCAAACACAAGUAAAGUACUUGGGCCAUAUUCUCGAUUGUCAUGGGCUAAGACCUGAUCCGGGAAAAAUCGCAGCUAUCAAGGACAUGCCUCCUCCCAAGGAUAUUUCCCAAUUGCGAUCUUUUCUUGGUGCAAUCAACUAUUAUUGCAAGUUUGUUAAAUCGAUGAGCACUCUUCGAGCACCAUUCGAUUCUCUCUUGCGAGAUGGAGCACCAUGGAUUUGGGGAGAGGAUUGCCAACGAGCUUUCCUGAAGUUCAAGGAUAUUUUGUCUUCUGACCUCCUACUCACACACUUCGACCCAUCUCAACCAAUUUCCAUUGCUGCUGAUGCAUCCAACACUGGAAUAGGUGCUUGCAUUUACCACACAUAUCCUGAUGGAUCUGAGAAAGUGAUUUCACAUGCAUCUCGUACACUUUCACCAGCCGAGAGAAAUUACUCCCAGAUUGAGAAGGAAGGUUUAGCACUUGUUUUCGGUGUCACCAAAUUUCAUCGUUACAUUUUUGGAAGACGAUUCACUCUCUUCACGGAUCAUAAACCACUGCUUUCAAUAUUUGGAUCCAAGAAAGGAAUUCCAUUGCAUUCAGCCAACCGCUUACAACGCUGGGCAUUGACUUUGUUGUCUUACACAUUCGAUAUCAAGUUCAUUUCCACAUCUUCAUUUGGACACGCUGAUGUUCUUUCAAGACUCAUCAACACUCACUCCAAGCCUGAUGAAGAAUUCAUUAUUGCCUGCACAGAACUUGAGAGAGAUGUAGCAACUGCGUUGGAUGAUGGCAUCCAUAGACUUCCUUUGACAUUCAAGAAGGUGGCUUCGGCUACACAGAAGUGUUCAACACUCCAAGCAGUCAAGGAAUUUGUGGUCAAUGGAUGGCCUCCUUCAAAAUCCCAUAUCAAAGACAGGGAAAGAGCGAUUGGUGGUUCCGCACAUAUUCAGAAAGAAAGUACUUCACACACUCCAUGA